CAUCAUCUGCUGGUGUGCAAUGAGUUCAAAUAGAAUUACUCCGUUGCGAUUCAAGGAUGGAGAUGUGACUUCAGUCUCAUCUGAUGUAUAUUCUCAGUUUGGAUCACAAAUGUCUUUGGAGAAUGUUAAAUAUGGAGACUCCAGGAACCAUUUUCCCAGGAGAUGCCUCUUAAUCACAUGUGUAAUCUUGCUCAUUCUUGGGGCAAUGGCAGCUGCUUUAGCCUGUGUGAUUAUAUUUGGAAUACCACCCAACCAGCUAACAACUCGAUUGUGUAAAACCACCUCAAACACAACUGGCUUUCUGUGCGAUGACCACAAAACCUGCAUCAUGUCCACACAGAUGUGCAAUGGCAAAGUAGACUGCAGCAAUGGAGAGGAUGAAUCAAACUUGUACUGUGCUUAUUUUGAGAAGCCGAUAUAUGUACAGUAUUGGUAUGGAGGAAGAUAUAAUUACAUAAUUUACUUCCAUUAUGCUCAAGCUUGA